CUUCUAGUGUUUGAGAUACAGCAAGUGAUGUUUGUUCCAGGCUGUGUUUAGAAAAACUCUUGACAAAACAAGACAUUCUGAUGUAAACUACACUGGAUCUGUUUCAUCACUUCCUCUACAGUAGUGGGGAUACACAAGAUGGUGUUCAUUCCAGACUGAUUUUAGAGAAACUCAUAAUGAAACAAGACAUUUUGAUAUAAAUUACACUGGACCUGUUUUAUCACUUACUCUUCGGUACUGCGGAUACACAAAAUGAUGUUCAUUCCAGGCUGGAUUUGGAGAAACUCUCCAUAAAAGAAGACAUUCUGAUGUAAUUUCCUAGAUGUCUGUUUGAGGAGCAAUAAUGUGUCCUCCAUUAAUGAUAGAUGUGUCCAAUAUGAGGUGUCAUCUAAACAUAAUCAGAACAACUUUGAUAUGGAAGAACAUCUAUUGAAACAUCAGAACAACCCUGACAUGGAGGAAGAUCCCUUGAAACAUCAGAACAACCCUGACAUGGAAGAACAUCCCUUGAAACAUCAGAACAACUCUGACAUGGAAGAACAUCCCUUGAAACAUCAGAACAACUCUGACAUGGAGGAAGAUCCCUUAAAACAUCAGAACAACCCUGACAUGGAAGAACAUCCCUUGAAACAUCAGAACAACCCUGAUAUGGAAGAACAUCCCUUGAAACAUCAGAACAACCCUGACAUGGAAGAACAUCCCUUGAAACAUUAUCAGAACAACUCUGACAUGGAAGAACAUCCCUUGAAACAUCAGAACAACCCUGAUAUGGAAGAACAUCCCUUGACACAUUAUCAGAACAACCCUGACAUGGAAGAAGAUCCCUUGAAACAUCAGAACAACUCUGACAUGGAGGAAGCUCCCUUGAAAUAUUAUCAGACCAACUCUGACAUGGAAGAACAUUUCUUGGAUGAUUCUUUUGAGAAACCUUUCCAAUGUGGGAUGUGUUUGAGGACUUUCUUUAAGAAGGGCAUUAUAAAGCGCCACAUGUGGGUGCACACUGGUAGAAGACCCUUUCAGUGUGAGGUGUGCGGGAAAGGCUUUCUCUGCAGAUACUACUUGAACGAGCAUAUUCUGCUUCAUACCAACUCCAAGAAUUUCACAUGUCAAGUGUGCGGAAAGUGUUUUCCUGUGCAGAAGUAUUUGAACCAACAUAUGGUUGUCCACACCGAUAAGUUCAAAUGUGAGGUGUGCGAAAAACGUUUCUUAAAAAAUUCCAAACUGAAGCAGCACAUGUCGGUUCACACCGGUGUUAAGAAUUACAAGUGUGAGCUGUGUGCGAAAUGUUUCUACGACAUUUCCGGGUUAAAACAGCACUGGCUGAUCCACACUGGCAUUAAGUCUUUCCAGUGCGAAAUCUGUGCAAAAUGCUUCCUGCGAAGAACCGACCUGAUGACGCACAGGUUGAGUCACGAUGACGCCAAGAACUUCAAAUGUGAGGUCUGUGCAAAAUCUCUGUUGUGGAGCUCCAGUUUAAAGCUACACAUGCUGAGUCACAAUGAAGUGAAGAAGUUCAAGUGUGAAGUGUGUGCAAAAAGUUUCUCCCAGAGCUGCUACCUCUCACAACACAUGCUACUCCACUCGGGCGAUAAGCCCUUUAAAUGCGAGGUGUGUGCAAAAAGUUUCUCUCUGAGAUCCUACUUGAAGAAACACAUGACAGUCCACACGGGUGUAAAGUCCUUCGCGUGCGAGCUGUGUGCAAAACGAUUCUCCCAGAAGAAACAUCUGCAGAGACAUGCCUUCACUCACACGGGCGUCAGGGCUUUCAAAUGUGAUCUCUGUGAGAAGUGUUUCCCAUGUAGUUCCGACGUGAAGCGACAUAUGCUGGUGCACACUGGAGUCAAGCCCUUCCAGUGUGAGAUGUGUGACAAAUGCUACUUCUGCAGCAGUCACCUACAGCAGCACAUGCAGGUGCACACGGACGUCAAACCUUUCAAGUGUGAUGAAUGUCAAACAUAUUUCUCCCACAGUUAUCUUCUUAAACGCCAUAAGUUGAUUCAUAAGAAACCUUUAACAUGUUGAAAGUGCACAGAUGCAAUCAAUCAAUCAAUAUAUCAAUCAACCGUUAGACAAGGCAUGGCAGUAGUAGUUAUUUACUAGCCCAACAUUGAAUAUCACUAGCCGUGGGAGUGGGGCUACCAUAAUCUAGAAGUUCUGCUAGCCGUCGGGCAUGGCAAUAGCAGUUAUUGACAAGCCCAACAUUGAAUAUCACUAGCAAUGGGAGUGAGGCUGCCAUAAUCUAGAAGCCCCGUCGGGCAUGACAGUAGUAGUUAUUGACUAGCCCAACAUUGAAUAUCACUAGCCAUGAGAGUGGGGCUACCAUAAAUUGCAUAAUCUAGAAACCCUGUCGGGCAUGACAAUAGCAGUUAUUGACAAGCCCAACAUUGAAUAUCACUAGCAAUGGAAGUGAGGCUACCAUAAUCUAGAAGCCCCGUCGGGCAUGGCAGUAGUAGUUAUUUACUAGCCCAACAUUGAAUAUCACUAGCAAUGGGA